UGGGGAAGAAAUUGUAGACGAUCCCUAACAACAAUUGCCUGUUAGCUAGUCUCAGUCGCUACUCACUGCUCCUCGUACUUCAUGUGGGAGAUAAUGAGCUGUGUUCGUCUACUUUUAACAAACCGUAGCGACCAUGUGUUUCUUUUGCUUAACACUUUGGAAGAGAGGAGGUUAUAGGAAGUAGAAGGCUAAAAGGAUUUUCAAGUGGAAUACAGAAGUAUCGCACUGAAACAGUAGUUUGAGAUUCACAUGAAACACAGUUCCCAAAAGCCAUUGCGAGAGAACGACCACAUGGUACGAUGUUGCCAAUCACAGGGGCCGGAGUUUAGAAUGAGGCUGGAGAGUUUAGUUUACCUGUAGCUGUUGCUAUAGCGCUAAGGCAGCCGUGGAAGUGAAUGAUAUGUUUGAAUGGAAGUGAAAGUUCUAGUACCCGUGUAUAUGGGCCAGUGCUGUUUUUAUGUACGCGUUAUCAUGUUCUCUGUACUAUACCUAUUCUAUAUUCACUUUAGCUUGUGUAAGUAGGGGCUGUGUGUACAAGCUUGUAAAGAUAAAUAAUGCGUGUGCUGCCUCCCUCUCGCCUAUCCAUGGCUUGCCUGAAAUAGUACAGAGUAGACUCGGGCUGGGCAUACAGGUGCUGCUAGGGAGACAUGGAUUAUACCAGGGGAGUAUCGGUGGAAGCAGCAGAAGAGGAGGAAGAACGAAGGGGAUGGGACAGCCACUCAGCAGGAACCUGCUCAUCCUCAUACACAGACUGCAGCAGCUGUUGCUCCAGUGAUCUGGAGCCUGAGUGGCUGGACCGUGUGCAGAAGAAUGGGGAACUUUUUUAUCUUGAACUAAGUGAAGGAGAAGAAGAAAUUCUGCUUCCCCUGAGCCCUCUAGAACCAGUUGGGGUAAACCAUGUUAGAUUUAAUGACAGUGAAGCAGAAAUCCUAUCUGAAGAGAGAAAAAAUGUUGGGAAAAACUCAGAGCCACGUUUUAGAAAGCUGGCAAAGAUGUUGAAGAAAAAACAUACCAGCAAAAAAGGAUCAGCUGGGUUAAAUGGGCCAACCUGCCCAACAUCUAUUCUCAAGCAGCAUUCCAGCCAAAAGGCUGGGAUAAUUGUCCGCUACCAGUACAGGGACACUUGCCUGUAUGUCAAUCCUGAUCGUUUGCCUGAAGGUGAGCCUAAAGAGAAGAGUAAUCUGCUGCAGGCAUUGAUUGGCAUUGUUCAUCAGUCUUCACGAAACAGUAAAAGAAGUGAAAGACAAGGAAGUCAAGAAGCCUCCCAAAGACUGUCAAACCAAGAAAAGCUUGUGGUACAUGGCUUUAUUCCAGGCAGCCCAGCUAUAAGAUGUGGUCAGAUUCUUAUUGGAGAUACACUGGUGGCAGUUAAUGAUGUAGAAGUACAUGUGGAGAACAUAGAGAGAGUUUUAUCCUGCAUCCCUGGCCCUACACAGGUAAAAUUAACUUUUGAGACACCUGUCUUGUGUUCAGGUACGGCGCUACAGAAUCAGAGCACCCAAGUGCAGACAAGUAUUAAUGAUUUGGCAGCACUUGUUUGGGGAGACGAGCAUGCAAACUCCCAGCAGGAUUUGCAACGCAUGUCUCAUAUUGUCAUGUAUCUGACUCUAAGGCUGGACUCUGAUACCUCAAAGGAAGAGCAAGAAAUUAUCUACCAAUAUCCUGUCUCAGAGGCAUCCCACAAACUGAAAAGUAUAAGGGGAUUAUUUCUCACCCUCAGUGAUAUGCUGCAGAAUGUGACUGGAGCUCCUAUUAUAAGCUCCUCACUAAUUUUGAAUGACGAAUUAGUUCAUGUUUCGUACUGGAAAGAAAAUGAUAAGUUAUUGCUCAUUAGUGUUCCUGCACAAAGGUUUCCUCUGUUGCAGCUGAAGAACAUGACUGCCGAUAUUGUAAGGACACUGAAGUUCAUGUAUAGCACUUUGGACAGGGCUUUCUGUCAAGCAGAAAACAUUUCUCGCCUUGAUCAUUUCUUCAGCCUGUUCUUUCAGCGUGCACUUCGAGUGUUCUCAUUAACUGGCAUUGCAGGUUAUGGCUCUCAGUUUUAUGAUGCCUGCAGUUCACUGUUGGUAGAAAAUCUCCCUGGUGUACGGUGGCUUUCUUUGCCAGAAGAUAUUAAGAUGGAGAUAGACACUGUGCUGAGUGAUUUGGAAGCACUUGAUUUUGCAGAGCUGUCUGAAGACUUCUAUGAAAUGAGGCGCUUGUAUAUGAUCAUAGGAACAUGCCUUUUCUACAAGGGCUACUUACUCAGCAACCAUUUACCCAAAGAAGAUCUGGUGGAUGUUGCCAUUUAUUGCCGUCAGUACUGCUUGCUUACUUUAGCAUCAGAGAGGAUUGGCCAGUUAAUCAUAUGGAGGGAGGUUUACCCACAAUACCAUCUAAAACAAUGUGGAUCUUCUGCUACUGAGGAAUGCACUGAGCCAGGGGGGCGAUACUUCCUGCUAAUUGUAGGAUUGAGACACUUCAUGCUUUGCACCUUGCUGGAAGCAGGGGGGUGUACAUCUAAGGCAACCGGGCACCCAGGUCCAGAUUAUAUCUAUGUGGAUCAAGUAAAGGCAACGCUACUCCAACUGGAAAUGUUAGACAUGAGCAUAGAGGACAGACUUAGUUCAGCUCCUAAUCCAUGCCUGUCUUGUGCUGACUGGUUUCUUCCCUCCACAAGGGACAAACUAGGCAAUUUUACAAACUCUGCUGUUUUGAGCAAACUUCAGACUCCUCCAAAAAAGGCACCAUCCCCAGUUAGUAAGAGAAGACUAUUUGCAGAGGCAGCCUCUUCUCUAAGGACACGUAGGCCAAGCCCUACUCGGAGUAGUGGGGGAUCGGACAGUGGCACUGAUGGUGCAGGAGAAAGUGUUGGUGUAGUAACCCAUUCCACACCAGACAUGGCAAGAAAAUUUGGGAGGCGUGAAUCCUUAGGGUCUGGUGGCUCAGAUGGAAGUGGAGGAAGUGGAAGUCUACUCAAGAUAAACAAGAAGAAGUAUUCACUUCCAAAUCCAUUUAGUUCUGGAAGCCUUAGAAAGAAUCUGUCAGAAAGGGAAACUGACGAUAUUUAUAACACUAUCAAGUUAACUUCAGGCCCAGAAAAUACUCUCUUCCAUUACUUAUACUUUGAAACUCUACAAGGGGUCUUUAUCUCUCCAACACACAAAGAGGUAGAACAGCUUGGUGGCUCCAUUCAUCCUCAGCUGAUCAAGAAUUUCCAUCGCUGCUGUCUGUCAAUCCAUUCUGUGUUUCAGCAAGCUCUAAAUCAAAAGAACUCCAAACAGAGUGAUUCUGUGGCCUGCAUGGAUGUUGCAGGGUUUGGUCCCAUUAAAGAACAUGGAGUUUUAUUUGAGUGCUCUCCUGAGAAUUGGAAUGACCAAAAGAAAUCCCCGCCAACUAUGUCAUAUUGGGUUGUAGGGAGACUCUUCAUGCAGCCGCAGCCUCAGGAGCUCUAUGUUUGUUUUCACGACUCCGUUACAGAAAUUUCUGUUGAGCUGGCCUUUAAGCUCUCCUUCGGGAUGCCUUUGUAAAAGGAAUACAGCUUAAAUAGACCUGUUAUGUGUGCAGGGAAAACAAUCUGUCCCCUAUCUGUAUUUAGUACAUAUUGUACUAGACUUUUAUCAUUAUCGUUUAUUCUAAAAUGCACAUUUUUUAUUCGCUUUUCUAUUUAAUUUUUUUAACCACUGUGACCUCUGUGUUAUUGCCUGACACUUAAUAUCAGUGCUUAGCCACAGGCUGACUAUACACCUGGGUGACAUUACCCCGUGAAUUCAUAUUUGGAUUAAAACAAAAUGCUACUUAAUAGUUUUAAGAUAAAAUUAGCUACUGUUUGCACUUAUUUGGACAUGGCUGACAGGUAUUUGUGUGUGUCUGUGAGAAAUUUUAUUUAGGGAUUAAGUUACUUAAUAAAAGCUAUUCAGCCAUUUCCAAGCCUUUCUUGUCUGAAACACAUUGAUUGUCUUGCCACUUUGGGCUACUAAGCAAUACAUAUGUUUUACCACAAUGAUUUACAUUUACACUGAAGAAGAUUAACCCACAUAUGUAAUAAAAAACACUAAAUUUGCCCAUGAGCAGUAACUUAUAGCAACCAAUAAGAUGCUGGCUUUUAAACAGGUGAACAUUGCAAAGUUUAAUAGCUGCAUUCCACUCAGUAUGUCCCUCUUUGUAUGUCUGCUCAAAGGGCUACUAGGAGUAGCUUAGCCCCUCCCUCACAAAACAUUUUGUGUCCAUUGCAGGCCACCUGCUACUCCUUUCUCCACACAACGGUGAAGUCUGCUACCUGUGUAGUUACGCCACAGACUCCUAGGCAUAUUGAAAAUGCAUGGUCCUAGCUAUUGUGCAUGUGUGAAAAUAGGUCUGUUUUUCAGGUCUCUAACUUUAAACAGUUUGAUGAGCUUCUGGAGUAAAUCAGUAGUUCUGUAAAUACAGAAGAAAAAUGUAUUUUGAUGAAUAAUAAUUUUGUAUUUUGAUUCACGGUUUUAUUAUAUGCCCUAUUAAAUUAUUUUGUAAUAAGUA